GCGUCGGGGAGCACCUCACUAAGCCGAGUGCGGCGUCCCGCGUGGUGCGGCCGCAGCCGCUGCGAUCAGGCACCGCGGCGGCCAACCCCGUGGAGGUCGGGCGUCAGGUCCUCUCCGGGCCGCCGCUAGCGCGCCGCUCUGGGGGAGACCCGGGCAGGAGCCCAGGGGCAGCUACGGGGCCGCAGAGGCCGCGGGCGCCGCCUCGGCCAGCCCUACCCGAGCGGUGAGGACCCCGCGGGUGCCGCGGGAAGGUGCCCGAGGAUUCCCCCAAACAGGUUCCACUGCCUUAAGGAUGACAGUCCUAGGGCACCCGCCGAGUUGGAGCUGCCAGUGGUUGCCAUUCCUGAUACUGCUGCUGGGCACAGGCCGUGAGCCAGGGGUGGAAGGUGUGACACACUACAAGGCCGGUGACCCCGUCAUUCUGUAUGUCAACAAAGUGGGACCCUACCACAACCCUCAGGAGACUUACCACUACUAUCAGCUUCCGGUCUGCUGCCCGGAGAAGAUCCGUCACAAAAGCCUUAGCCUGGGUGAAGUGCUGGAUGGGGACCGAAUGGCAGAGUCUUUGUACGAGAUCCGCUUUCGGGAGAAUGUGGAGAAGAGAAUUCUGUGCCACAUGCAGCUCAGUUCUGCACAGGUGGAGCACCUGCGCCAGGCCAUUGAGGAACUGUACUACUUUGAAUUUGUAGUGGACGACUUGCCAAUCCGCGGCUUUGUGGGCUACAUGGAGGAAAGUGGCUUCCUGCCUCACAGCCACAAGAUAGGGCUCUGGACCCAUUUGGAUUUCCACCUAGAAUUCCAUGGAGAUCGAAUUAUAUUUGCCAAUGUCUCGGUGCGGGAUGUCAAGCCCCACAGCUUAGAUGGGUUACGAGCGGAUGAGUUCUUAGGCCUCACCCACACCUACAGUGUGCGCUGGUCCGAGACUUCAGUGGAGCGUCGGAGUGACAGGCGCCGUGGCGAUGAUGGUGGUUUCUUUCCCAGAACACUGGAGAUCCAUUGGUUGUCCAUCAUCAAUUCCAUGGUGCUUGUGUUUUUACUGGUGGGUUUUGUGGCUGUCAUUCUCAUGCGUGUGCUUCGAAAUGACCUGGCUCGAUACAACUUGGAUGAGGAGACUACAUCUGCAGGUUCUGGUGAUGACUUUGACCAAGGUGACAAUGGCUGGAAGAUUAUCCAUACAGAUGUCUUCCGCUUCCCUCCGUACCGUGGUCUGCUCUGUGCUGUGCUUGGUGUGGGUGCCCAGUUCCUGGCCCUUGGCACUGGCAUUAUUGUCAUGGCGCUGCUGGGCAUGUUCAAUGUGCACCGUCACGGGGCCAUUAACUCGGCCGCCAUCUUGUUGUAUGCCCUGACCUGCUGCAUCUCUGGCUACGUGUCCAGCCACUUCUACCGGCAGAUUGGAGGCGAGCGUUGGGUGUGGAACAUCAUUCUCACCACCAGCCUCUUCUCUGUGCCUUUCUUCCUGACGUGGAGUGUGGUGAACUCGGUGCAUUGGGCUAAUGGUUCGACACAGGCUCUGCCAGCCACCACCAUUUUGCUGCUUCUGACGGUUUGGCUGCUGGUGGGUUUCCCCCUCACUGUCAUUGGAGGCAUCUUCGGGAAGAACAAUGCUAGCCCCUUUGACGCACCUUGUCGCACCAAGAACAUCGCCCGGGAAAUCCCACCCCAGCCCUGGUACAAGUCUACGCUCAUCCACAUGACUGUUGGAGGCUUCCUGCCUUUCAGUGCCAUCUCCGUGGAGCUCUACUACAUCUUUGCCACAGUCUGGGGUCGGGAACAGUACACUCUGUACGGCAUCCUCUUCUUUGUCUUCGCCAUCCUGCUGAGCGUGGGAGCGUGCAUCUCCAUUGCGCUCACCUACUUCCAGCUGUCUGGGGAGGAUUACCGCUGGUGGUGGCGGUCUGUGCUGAGUGUUGGCUCCACUGGGCUCUUCAUCUUCCUCUACUCCGUUUUCUACUAUGCCCGGCGCUCCAACAUGUCAGGGGCCGUACAGACAGUAGAGUUUUUUGGCUACUCCUUACUCACAGGUUACGUCUUCUUCCUCAUGCUAGGUACCAUCUCUUUUUUUUCUUCCCUAAAGUUCAUCCGUUACAUCUAUGUUAACCUCAAGAUGGACUGAGUUUUGGGUGGCAAAACCAUUGCUCUUCUCUCCCAUUCUUCACGUCCAGAGGCCCACUGAGCUCUCUCACCAACGUCUCUUCUGAUUGAAUUGUGUGACGGCCUUGCUGCUUUCCCCUUUGCCCUUGGGGCCUCCCUUCCCCCGGAGGGCCUGGAAAUUACAAAGCUCUAUUCUAUAAGGAGUAUAUAUUUGAACUUUGUAAGUUGCCUUUAGUUUGGGUCCUGAUUUUCCUUUUUACAAUUAUCAAAAUAAAAUUUAUUAAGAAAAAAGGA